AUGGUAAAAAUUGUAACUAGUCAAGCAGAAUUCGAUUCCAUCAUUUCACAAAACGAAUUAGUUAUUGUCGAUUUUUUUGCUGAAUGGUGUGGACCAUGCAAAAGAAUUGCCCCAUUUUAUGAAGAAUGCUCCAAAACAUACACAAAAAUGGUUUUUAUUAAAGUCGAUGUAGAUGAAGUUUCUGAAGUUACCGAGAAAGAAAAUAUUACUUCCAUGCCAACCUUUAAAGUUUACAAAAAUGGUUCAUCUGUUGAUACUUUAUUAGGAGCAAACGACUCAGCAUUAAAACAACUUAUCGAAAAAUACGCAGCUUAA